AUGCCGUACAGCCGAGACAACGACAAACCGCCGUUGGACGAAGAUGGGCAAGAGCUGAGCCGUUAUAGAAAAGACUCCCCAAUUGAGCAGUUGGGACAUAAUCUUCCAAUGGAACGUCGCAUCGCAUUUCCAACGUACAAUACGACUGGUUGUGAAUUUACAGACACGUACAUGACGAUCCGGAGUACUAAGGAAUCUCCCAAACCUUACGAUGGCCAGCUUGUUUGUAUCCAUCCAUUGUCUUACAGCGUCGAAGUCAUGGGCAGAUGCUACUUGAUAAAGUAA